CUCACUAAAAUAAUAUCAUUCUUGAACCAAUUGUUGAGGAAAAGAGAUUUCCUUUUGUAACAUAUGUCUUUCUUGUUUAGCCAGCAGUUUACCCUUUCUCUUGUUAUUGUCUUCUUCGUGGGACGCCACCAAGUGUCCGACAGCGCCACUACGAGCAAGGACGACGCCAAGUGUCCUGCAGCGCCGCCACCGGCCGGGCGAGUGUACUGCAAGCUGCUAAGCAUGCGUGCCAGCUGCUAGUCGCCGUCAGCUGGUUGUAAUAGCGAGUUAAUACAGGCUCAGCUCUUAAGAUUAACGUACUCUUCCAUUCAUCGGAUGUACUCCUAACUUCAUUUGUGAGCUUCCGAGGGCGCUGCGAGAGAGUCCAACCGUCAUAAACCUCAUCUUUGUGUCGAAGCUAAUCAGGCUAACGCUAGCUCCAUAGAAUAAUGGCUGCUGUGGUCAUCCCUGCCUGCACCAGCGCUCUUCUGUUGGACAUCGAAGGCACAACCACGCCGAUCACCUUUGUGAAGGACAUUCUGUUUCCAUACAUAAAGGAGCAUCUUGAGGACUACCUGUCCACUCAUUGGGAGGAGGACGAGUGCAAGCAAGAUGUUCAUCUUCUGAAAAAGCAGAUCGAAGAGGACAUGAGACAGAACCGGGCGUGUCCCUUCCACGCCGUGGACCAGACGGUCCACACGGACGAGGAGAAGGCCAUCCGCGAAGUGGUGGACAACGUGCUGUGGCAGAUGGCGGCCGACAGGAAGUCCACCGCGCUCAAACAGUUCCAGGGUCACAUGUGGCGGUCGGCGUACGCCUCGGGGAGAAUCAAAGGCGAGAUCUACCAGGACGUCACGCCCUCCAUCAGAAGGUGGCGAGAUCACGGACUCAAGAUCUUUAUCUACUCCUCGGGCAGCGUGGAGGCCCAAAAACUUCUCUUUGCGCACUCAGUAGAAGGCGACGUCUUAGAUUUAUUUGACGGCCACUUCGACACGACCAUCGGCGCCAAAGUGGACGCCAAAAGCUACGAGAGGAUGGCGGAGAGGAUGGGCUGUCCAGCGGAGGAGAUCACUUUCCUGACAGAUGUCACUCGAGAGGCCAAAGCGGCGCAGGACGCGGGCGUGCAGGUGGUGUUGGUGGUGCGACCGGGCAACACGGAGCUGACGGACGAAGAGAGGGCCCACUAUGACAUCAUCGCGUCCUUCGAGCAGCUGCAAGUGGCGGGACGGGUUUAGCGGCAAAAAGACGGAUGGGCUCUUUCGAUUCUUUUCCCCGUCCCGACUGUUGGACGUCUCACGGAGGUUCAGGUGCUGCGUCGCCUCACAGGAACUUUUCUUUUUAUACCCAGGAAACUUGUUGUCAUGUCUUAUUUAAAUGUGCCAUCCAGUCCAGUGACAGACUACUUUAUUUACUACCACACAUUGUGCGGGCUACCCAUCAUAUUCCCUGGGUUCUCACGAGCAUCCAUUCACGUAAAGUCAAACGGUACCUUUUGUUGCAUGUGACAGACCUGGCGCCCGGCCUAAGCACUUGGCGGGCAAACAAGAGUAUCCGUCGCAAACUG